AUGUCAGAAACGGAUUGUUUACCUGAAACAAGCUCACAAGGUAGAUUGAUAGACGUAGAUGAUGAGAAUAGUGCUAAAAUAAAUUCAAGUACCAAUGAAAAUGAUCAAAUCCAACCAAUUACAGAAUCAUCAGGUACAAUUCAAUCAACAUCAUUACAAUCAAUAGAUCAAUCAACAAUUAUACAACCUAUAAGAUCACAAGAUUCCAUAAUUGAAGCUAUAAAUACUCGAAGAUGUUUACCGUGUUGGAAUUAUGGUUCAGAUUCAAAUCAACAACCUCAACAAGAAGAAGAAAUCGAAGGUUUACCAAGAUCAAGUUAUACUAAUCCUGGUUCAGAAUCACAACAACAACAACCAACACAAAAUUUAGGUCCUAUUUUAAAUAAAUUUAUUUUAGAAUUAUUUGAACGUUGGAUUAUUAGUUUUAUUAGAAGAUAUUAUCAAAGUCCUUAUUUUAUUUUUGCUGUAGGGCUUUUAAUUAUAUUAUUAACUACUAUUUUUUUGAUUUUAGUAUUUACUGGUAAUUUAGAAGGUUUAAUUAAAUAUUCCAGAUUUUUAAUUUGUAUUUUGGUACGUCAAUUUGAUCCAACUACAAACAUUGGUUUUUGUUCUAGUAAUAAUAAUGAUGAUGAUAAUGGUGGUGGUGAUAAAGAUGGCUAG